GUUCAGAACGCGUUACAAUUUCCUGACUCCUGACUUGACGUUAACAGACUCACUGAUUCGCUGCCUCUGCAGGAAUGAGAUGCGGUCGAUCUUUGGCAAGUUAGCACCCCGCCACGAAAGCGAGCCAAGUUUCACUUCCGUCCAAAGUUUUUUUCUAAAACCAAAAAAAGUGUAGCGACUGGUGAGGAGCUUGUGUGAGCCUCUUUGACACGGGAUAUGGCUUCCGCUGGUGUAGCCUGCCUGCCUGCAAUCCGCAGGAUCGCUGUGUUCGGAGGCACUCAUGGCAAUGAGCUGUCAGGAGUAUUUUUAGUCAGGCACUGGCUUAAGGACAGAUCGGAGCUCCAGCGCCCUUCCUUAGAGGUACAGCCCUAUCUCAGCAAUCCCGCCGCUGUGCAGAGAUGCACUCGCUAUGUGGACUGUGAUUUGAAUCGAGCUUUCACGUCCGAAAACCUCAGCAUGCCAUUGAGUGACUCGAUGCCUUAUGAAGUUAAAAGAGCCCAGGAGAUAAACGAUUUAUUUGGACCAAAAGGCAGUGAGAAUGCCUAUGACUUUAUUAUAGAUCUUCACAACACUACCUCCAACAUGGGAAACUGUCUGAUUAUGAAAACAUCCAAGGACGAUUUUACCAUCCAGAUGAUCCAUUAUAUGAAGAAUACGUUGAUACAUGAUAAUUGUCAGGUGCUGCUGCUUGAAAAUCCUGAGGUCCAAUAUGGUGCGAUACGAACUGUUGCUAAGCACUCUGUAGGGCUUGAAAUAGGUCCUCAACCUCAAGGAGUGGUCAGGGCAAAUAUUUUAGAAAGCAUGAGGAAGCUGGUUAAUAGUGCGCUGGAUUUUGCACAUUUCUACAAUGAAGGUAAGGAAUUCCCUCCAUGCACCCUUGAUGUUUACAGAGCUUUUGAGAAGGUCGAUUACCCGAGGGAUUCAGAAGGACAGAUUAUUGGUGUCAUUCAUCCUCAGCUUCAAGACAAUGACUGGAAACAACUGAAACCAGGUGAUCCUUCAUUCCUGACCCUGGGGGGAAAGACUAUUCCUUACAAUGGAAGCAAUACCGUGUACCCAGUGUUUGUGAAUGAAGCUGCUUAUUAUGAGAAAGAGUCAGCUUUUCUCUUAACUGAGAAAAUAACUCUGAAGGCAAACAGUAUGAAGGUUUCAAAAACUUAAUCUAAUGGAUUCUCCAGGACAUCUUAACUGCUGUUUAUCAGACCAAAGACUAAUUUCUUCAACUCUAUGCAUUGUAAGAGAACAUGCAUUGCUACUUCUAAUUAUUUUCUUCUCUUUCUAUUUGAAAAAACGCGAAUGUUUACUAGUGCAUCCAGUCUAUUUUGAGGAGGCAGCAUCUCAUUUGAAUCAGUCAGCUGAUGAGAGCCACAGGUUGUUGGAAAUGGUAACAUUCAUUUCCCAAACACUGUGAAAAAAGGAGCAUUUAGUUGUGGCUUGAACUUCUAUCCAUCUGAGAAUGUGGAAAAGCUUGUUCUUUGAGCAAUUUUUGCUGCCUACCUUUGCUAUAAGCAAUUACAAAGUCAUCAACAUGAAAAUGGUGUGCUAAGAUUUUCACUAGUCAGUUGUUUUUAAUUGGGAGUUAAUUUUCCCCUUAUUCACCAAGCUCUAUCAAAUGGGGACUAAUUUGCAACUAAUACCAGGGAAGGACUAAACUUACAUUUAUAACAGUACAGGGUUAUUUUUUCUGAUUUCUAGUACAGCAGUAGGUUGAGAUCAUGCAAAUAUAUGCAAGAUUUUUUAAAAACACAGUUAGUGAUUAAUAGUCUUUUCAUAUUACAUUUUGGUCUUUUUGCUGGGAUCCCUCAGGAGGGUAAUACUUUCAAAAUCUGCCUGCACACUAAUAUUCUAAAGGGUGCCCAACUCAAUUUUGUACUGGGAGGUUUUAGAAAGACUUAAACCUCUUUUUAAGUCUCAGGGAAAAAUGCUGGUUCCAUUCCUUCUCAUUUACGUGAUUUCUGCACCAGAGUUGAAAAGAGCAGUUGUGAUCAUAAAUGGUAACAUAUUCACUUUUUAAAUAGAUAACUUAGAAACAAGAGGAUGGACUUUGUUUUUAUCAUGAGAAUCAUGUACAAACCUUGCGAAAAACAAAAUGGAAAUGAAUUCAGUGCUUCACUGAAUUAAUGAACAAAUCAAUGCAUUCAAUCCUACAGACAUCUGAGGUGAUUCAGUGGGACAGAUAAGGAGUUUCUUCGUGACACUGAUAACGUAGAUAGGUCUUUUGUGACCAUACCCGGAUGAUAAUUAAAAGUGGAAGUUUUAUGGGCAGUGUGACUCUGUGCCCAUUAGCAACAGAACACAAAACUAAUGAGGGAUUGUUCAAGACCAAAGUGGAAAUGGGGAAUUAGGCCUGGAGCUGGGAAUAGCAUCUAGUAACCUGAAAAUGAAUGGUUAAAUAAUUGCUGGCAUUUGAAAUUGUGCAAAGAGGCCAAAGAUCAUUCUGUAAAGCAUAAAAGGCUUAACUGCCCUAAAAAUUACAAAAGGAAGUUGAUGGUACAUGUUUUUGAUCUCUGACAAGAUUGGGCUGUAGGUCACACAUCCCAUGAUAUGCAUUGUGUAUCCAUCUGAAAUUGUCUAGAGAUUUGUUUCAACACUUGUUUUGCAUUACUGUAAAUCCAUGUAACUUUUUUCCAGUAGAGGAGCAUGAGCUGAUUGCAACCAAACUCCUCCAUAGUCAUUUGAGGUGAGAACUGCAUUUGAAGUCUGAUGAAAAGUCAAAAGGACUGUGGAUGCUGGAGAUCAAAAGCAAAAACAGAAAUUGCUGGAAAAAACUGAGCAGGUCUGGCAGCAUCUGUGGAGAGGAAUCAGAGUUAACCUUGUAGGUCCCAGUGAUCCUUCUUCUGAACUGAAGAGAACAGAAAGUUCUGAUGUAGGACCUGAAACAUUAAUUCUGAUUUCACUCCCCAGACCUGCUGAGCUUUUCCAGCAAUUUCUCUUCUUGUAUGAAAUCUGAUGUAUAUGCGUAAGACGGAUAUGAGGAAAUGAAUUAUCGAUAUUACACCCAUUGAGUGUGGUGAAAUUGAUUGUUUAGUAAUACUUACAGAACAAUUCUCUACUCAUAUUAGAUCUCACUGCCAUACAUUUUAGUUUCAUGAGGAGCCAGGAAUAGACAGGGCUGAAGAUAUGCUUCUGUGACUUGUGUCACUACAAAGGGUUAGUUAGAAGCUUUAAGCUUUGGAGUAGCAGGUUUUAUUACUGUAAUGAGCUUUACUUAGCAGAACUGAAAGCUACCAGGAUUUGGACACAGGAUUUGAAAUGAGUUUGAAAACUAUAAAUGAGUUUGAAAACUAACUCUAAAAUUCAAAAUGUUGCCCUCUGACAAAAGAAGGGAUGUCCAAUUACUUUCAGCUUCAUACAAUUUUUGAAUUUCUACAUUCAAAACAUAAUUGAAAAUUUAGUCCUGUUUUAUGAAUUCUGUGACUGAAGUACGGUUUGCUUCUUUAAAAUGAUCUUUUAAUAGCAUUGAUGUGUACUUUUUCCAUCAUAUAUCUACAAAACCAGGUUUUUAAAUCUAACUCGUAGAUAAUACUUCAAAAGUAAUGUCAUAAAAUUCCAGAGUUAAUAGAUAUUUUCUUCAUCAAUUGUUGAAGUUUUUGUUGCAACUAAUCUCAUGCCAAAGAUUAACAUUAAACACCUCAUUAACAUAGAGAGGACCUCAAGUUAUUUUGGAAUUUUUGAAAAGAUUUAUAACCCAUGCAAGGAUUUUUUCGAAGAAUUGUUCUAAUUUUACUCUUACAGCCUAAGUGCCACUAACACAACUAUCUAUAAAUCAAAUGUAUUUGUUUUGAAUCUGCUCUUUAAUUAUGAGAUUUUAAAACACUGACAGUUUUAUUGGAAUAUCAUGAUUAACUAUGCAAAUCCUAGCUAAUCAGGGAGUCCUCCUGGUUAAAAAUAGCAGCCUUUUUUUAGUGUGGUAUGCCAAUCUCAUGUAUGACAUGAACGAGUUACUCUAGGAUUGUAUAGGCUGAAAUUUUGUCUUUUGUUUACUAAAUUCAUCAUUAAAGUUUUGUUUUUGAACCAUCA